CUAGUUACAGUGACCACACGAAUUGUGCUUUAAGACGUAACCGGACGAAAUUCAUUUCCAUAAAUUCGAGCCUCUCAGCACACGAAAACUAAACAAAAACGUACAAAGGCAAAAGCUUUAUGUGAAAAAUGUUUGGAAAAUACUCCAGUGAAGAGUCACCUCUGCAUAACCUGCAGAACGACACCCUCCAAAGCCCUCCUCUUCCGACGACAACGCUGCAAAUUAUCACCAUUAGUGAAGGAAUGCAAGGUUGCUUAGACUUAAAAGGUUCAGGCGAUUUUCGAAAUGAUGAGAUCAACCCACAAGACACUUGGCUUCCUAUCACUGAAUCCAGAAAUGGUAGCAUGUUCAGUUGUGUAUUCCAUUUGCUUUCCUCAGGAAUUGGAUUUCAAGCUCUGCUACUUCCUCUGGCCUUCUCUUCUCUUGGAUGGUCAUGGGGAAUCACAUGUUUAUUGCUGGCAUUUGCGUGGCAACUCUACACGAUCUGGGUUUUGGUCCACCUUCACGAGGCACUGCCCGGGCCCCGUUGCAGCAGAUAUCUUCAACUUGCCAUCGCUUCCUUUGGUCCAAAGCUAGGGAAACUGGUAGCAAUAUUCCCAGUGAUGUACCUAUCAGGUGGCACGUGCGUGAUCCUAAUAAUCACAGGGAGUAGGACCAUGAAGCUUUUCUACGAUACUGUAUGUGGCGGAGGAGCCUCAUGCGAUGCCAAGUUAUUGACUGGGGCAGAGUGGUUCUUGGUCUUCACUUGCGUUGCUAUAGUUCUGGCUCAACGUCCUAACUUGAAUUCCAUUGCUGGCUUCUCCUUCGUUGCUGCAAUCACAGCCGUUGGAUAUUAUACUCUAAUUUGGGUAUCCACCUUCUCUAAGGGCAGACCUUAUAGUGCGUCUCAUGUCCCUUUACAAAAUGGAAAAUCUGGUAUGGAUAGAGUCACUACCAUCUUCAAUGCACUUGGUAUCAUUGCCCUUUCGUUCAGAGGUCACAAUCUUGUGCUUGAGAUACAGGGAACAUUGCCUUCAAGUUCAAAACAUCCAUCAAGCAAGUCAAUGUGGAAAGGAGUGCUCAUAUCAUACCUUGUUAUAGCCCUGUGCAUGUUUCCCCUGGCAAUAGCAGGAUUUUGGGCUUAUGGAAAUAAGAUACCUACAAAAGUUGGAAAUUUGAGCAUAUUUCUGGAAUUCUACAGCCACAAUGCCUCAAAAUUUAUGAAGGGUGUAACAUACAUGUUGGUAAUAAUAAACUGCUUCACUUCAUUCCAAAUCUAUGCUAUGCCAGUCUUCGACAAUUUCGAACUCAGGUACACUAGCUUUAAGAAUAAACGAUGCUCGCGUUGGGUUCGAACAGGUUUGCGUCUCUUCUUUGGAGGUUUGGCGUAUUUGAUUGCAGUUGCUUUUCCAUUUUUGCCCAGCCUUGCAGGUGUAAUAGGGGGAAUGGCGUUACCUUUAACCUUUGCUUAUCCUUGUUUCAUGUUGAUAUCAAUCAAGAAACCCCAAAGAAGCAGUCCAAUGUGGUGUCUUAAUUUGGGGCUUGGUUGCUUAGGCUUGUUGUUGAGUUUGUUAAUAGUAAUAGCUGCAGUGUGGACCUUAGCUACUAAAGGGUUUCAUGCCAACUUCUUCAAGCCUUAAUCAAUAAAUCCUCAACCUUUUUAGUUCAUCUCCGAAGGAUUGCCUAGGAAUUGACUCAAUGGGAGGUUUUUCCUUUUUUUUUUUUUUUUUUUUGUACAUUAUAGACUUUGUAAAAGGAAGAUAUUUGAAUUCCUAACUUUACUAUGAGAUCUUGUAAUAAUAAAUGAGUAUGUGUUUCAAUGGUA